AUGGCUACGACUGGGGAGUUACAACCGCCAACUUCUUCGACGUUGAACAGUUGUAUUGAUCCAAACGAUAUCGACUCGUUCAUCAAUUACGACCAGCCGAUCUAUCCUUCUCCAUCCCUUUCUCCCGCUUCGGCCAGAGCGAAAACUACAGCCAGCACCAGUUCUGUGUCAACCCCUGCGGCAAGUUCUGCGCCAAACGCUCCCAGCUUUUCAUCCGCCAGCAGCAACAGCCAACAAUCCUCUUCUUCCCAAGUCUUCUUCUCGGGACCAAGCCAUGAAUAUGAUUCCUACAAACAGCAGACUGGCCUCCCACCAGGCGGCCUGGCCAACACGAUGGCUAUUAACCGGAAUAUUGAGUUGGAUUUCACGUUUGGGAACCAACAUAAUUUCGCCAUGCCAUCCGAAGCCUUUAUAAACCCCACUCAAGAGAUGGUUAACUUUGGCUCCUCGCCCCUGCCGACUAUGCCGACAUUCAGGAAUUCGGGGAUCGGACUCGAUCUGGAUCCCGACACACCAACUGACCUCAUGGUUAACCCGCAGUUUACUUCCACGACAAGUAAAGCCCAGUUCGUCGAUCCCAAUGCCUUGGGUGGCCAUGAACUAUCACCACUCGCCCAACCGAGCCAAGUGGGGCGCAUGUAUCCUGGAAUGCAUCAGCAGCAAGCGGCUAUGGCGAAGGCCGCUCAGCAACAAAGGCAGCAGGAGAUCAUCCGUCAACAGCAGCAGCAACAGCAGCAACAGCAGCAACAACAACAGCAACAACAGCCACAACAGCCACAACAUGUCCGUCAGGCAUCGAAGCCCCAAAACAAGGCCAGUCGUCCCAGCGAUCCAGCUGUUGAGGAACGAAUUUCCCGCCUCCUGCACCAGAUGAGACAGAGCAGCGUGGCCACUUCUGUUGUGCGUGAAGAAGAUUCCAAGCCCGUGAAUGUUUCGCAUAACUUAAAGCCGAAGAAGGACGAGGACGAAAUGGAUGAAGAUGAACGUCUUUUGGCUAGUGAGGAGGGGAAAAAACUCAGUAGCAAGGAGCGCCGUCAAUUGCGAAACAAGGUCUCUGCUCGUGCAUUCAGAUCCAGACGCAAGGAAUAUAUCGGCCAACUCGAAGGAGAGGUUGCGGCCAAAACUAACGAGACCAAUGAUCUACGUCUUCAGAAUCGUGCGUUGGCAGAAGAAAAUGCUCGUCUCAUGGACCUCACACGCAUGCUUCUUUCGUCUCCGCACUUCUCUUCAUUUCUUAAUGACAUGUCCAUGAACGGCCUCCCAGCUUCUCAGCCAGGACAGCAGCAGCAACAGCAGCAGCAGCAGGCCGCAAAGGAUCCGAACCCGUCCCACGUUUCCGAAGAUAUCCAGAUGCAGAAUCAGCAAGUCGGAUUAGCCAUGGUUCCCGAGCAAUCAGUUGACUUUGCAGGAAUGGAUAUGAAUACCCCAGGCUGGAAUACCGGCAUCGACAUGAACUAUAACAACACCCCCGUCUUCGCUGUUCUGGAUGUCCCUCGAGGGCCCGAUCUCGAUAGUGCUGUUUUGUCAGGCAAAUCAUCCAACUCUGUUGGGCCCAUCUGCACAGAUGAAACUAAGGAACAGAUUCCGUCGAUCCAAAGACCACCGCCCCCAGUGGCUGAUAGUUCUACUGAGGAAGAUGAAAAGAGGAGAAUGAAGUUGGCUCCAGAGGUGGAAAUCGAUGAGUCGGAUCCCUCUCUAGCCCUAUUCUAUGAUCAGCCAAUGAGCAGCAGUUCUCCAGCAACGUCACCAACAACUUCUCCGACAUUUGAGGAUACGUUCGGCGGUAUCACACCGGAAAAAUUAUUUGCUCGAAUCGAUCUUUUGGUUGACGAUUAUUACAGUUCUGCGACGACGGAGGGCCAGGGAGGAUCCACCGGCUACACGGGUGUUGACUCAGCGACGAUGGUACGGUUUGAUCAACUUUGCAUGAGCAUAGAAGGUGCCUACCAACGUGUUUCGUUGGUAACUGCACACCUUGAAGACACACGGGACAACGAUUCAGCAUCGUCUUAG